AUGGGUUCCCUGAGAAGCUGGUGGACGCUGUGGGCCGGAGCCACCCUCCUGUGGGGCCUGGUGUCCUCGGAGGAGCCCUCCUGUGAAGGCGUGACGUGCGCGGCAGGGCAGCAAUGCCAGGUGGUGGACGGGAAGGCCGUGUGCGUGGCAGAGUCCACGGCCGUGUGCCGCGCCCAGGGCGACCCCCACUACACCACCUUCGACGGCCGGCGCUAUGACAUGAUGGGCACUUGCUCCUACACGAUGGCCGAGCUGUGUGGCUUGGACGAAACCCUGCCUGCCUUCAGCGUGGAGGCCAAGAACGAGCACCGGGGCAGCCUCCUGGUCUCCUACGUGGGCUUGGUCACCGUGCGUGCCUACAACCACGACGUGACACUGGCCCGCGGGGAGGUCGGCUUUGUUCGGAUCAACAACCAGCGUUCAGGCCUGCCAGUCUCCCUGAGCAAGGACCGCCUGCGCGUGUAUCAGCGCGGGACCCGGGCCGUGGUGGAGCUGGACUUCGGGCUGGUGGUCACCUACGACUGGGACGCUCAGCUGACCGUGAGCCUGCCUGCCAAAUUCCAAGACCAGGUGUGCGGGCUGUGUGGCAACUACAAUGGCAACCCCGCCGACGACUUCCUCACACCCGACUGGGUACAGGCCUCGGAUGCCCUGGAGUUUGCCAACAGCUGGAAACUGGACGAUGGGGAUCCCCUGUGUGAUGAUGGUUGCCAGGGCAACUGUCCCUCCUGCACCGCAGCCCAGACCGAGCAGUACAAGGGCGACCAUCUGUGCGGCAUGCUGACCCUGGCUGAGGGCCCCUUUGCCCCCUGCCAUGAGGUCCUGGAACCCCAGUCCUUCCUAGAUGAUUGUGUGUACGACCUGUGUGUGACGGGCGGGGAGCGGCUCAGCCUGUGCCGCCUCCUCAGCACGUACGCCCAGGCCUGCCAGGAGCUCGGUGUCUCUGUCACGGACUGGAGAUCGUCAGCCAGCUGCCCCUUGUCCUGCCCCGCCAACAGCAGCUAUGAGCUCUGUGGCCCCGCCUGCCCCGCCACCUGCAACUCCGUCGCAGCACCGUCUAACUGCUCUGAGCGCCCGUGCGUGGAGGGCUGCGUGUGCCUUUCGGGUUUCGUGGCCAGCGGCGGCGCCUGCAUCCCUGAGUCAUCGUGCGGGUGCACCUUCGAGGGCCUCCUACUGGCACCUGGCCAGCAGGUAUGGGCUGACACCCUGUGCAAACAGAGCUGCACCUGCGAUGGCACCACCCACCAGGUGAGCUGCCAAGACACGCAGGGCUGCCCGGAAGGCGAGCGCUGCCGCGUGGAGAACAACCUCCUGGGAUGCUACCCUGAAAGCUUUGGUAGCUGCCAGGCCUCUGGGGACCCGCACUAUGUGAGCUUUGAUGGCCGGCGCUUCGACUUCAUGGGCACCUGCACCUACCUGCUGGCGGGCUCCUGUGGCCAGAACACAGCACUGCCCAGCUUCAGCGUGCUGGUGGAGAAUGAGCACCGGGGCAGCCAGACCGUGAGCUACACAAGUGCCGUACAGCUGAAGGUCUAUGGGGUGGAAGUGGCCGUGAACCGGAAGUACCCUGGGCAAGUGCUGGUGGAUGGCGUCCUGAAGAACCUGCCCUUCCAAGCAGCCGAUGGGCGGGUGCAGCUGUUCCGCCAGGGCAACAAUGCUGUCGUGCGCACGGACUUUGGCCUGACUGUCACCUACGACUGGGACGCCCUGGUGACCGUCAAGGUGCCCAGCAGCUACGCGAAGGCCCUGUGUGGACUCUGUGGGAACUUCAACGGGGACCCCAGCGAUGACCUGGCUCUGCGCGAUGGGAACCAGGCUGCCAAUGCUCUGGACUUCGGGAACAGCUGGCAGGAGGGGACGAGACCUGGCUGUGGGGCGAGUGACGCCGGGGACUGUCCCACGCUGGACUCGCAGGUGACCCAGCAGCUGCAGAGCAAGAAGGAGUGUGGGAUCCUUGCUGACCCUGAAGGACCCUUCCGGGACUGUCACAAGAAGCUGGACCCCCAGGGUGCCUUGCGCGACUGUGUGUAUGACCUCUGCCUGCUGCCUGGCCAGUCUGAGCUACUGUGUGAUGCUUUGGCUACAUACGCUGCUGAAUGCCAGGCUGCCGGGGCCACCGUGGAGCCCUGGAGGAGCGAGGAGCUUUGCCCACGGAGCUGUCCAGAGCACAGCCACUAUGAGUCCUGUGCCCGCGGCUGCCCGCUGAGCUGCGGGGACCUCCCGGUGUCCGGGGGCUGUGGCUCAGAAUGCUACGAGAGCUGCGUGUGCGAUGAAGGCUUUGUGCUCAGCGGCGAGUCCUGCGUGCCCCUGGCCUCCUGUGGCUGUGUAUACCAGGGCUCCUACUACCAGCCAGGCCAGACCUUCCACCCUGGCCCCGGGUGCGACUCCCUGUGCCACUGCCAGGAGGGUGGCCUGGUGUCCUGUGAGGACUCCUCCUGCGGCCCGCAAGAGGAGUGCCAGCUGUCUGGUGGCGUCCUGGGCUGCGUGGUUGUGGGCUCUGCCACGUGUCAGGCAUCCGGAGACCCCCAUUACGUCACAUUCGAUGGCAGCCGCUUUGACUUCAUGGGCACCUGUGUGUACGUGCUGGCUCAGACCUGCGGGACCCCGCCCGGCCGGCCCCAGUUCACCGUCCUGCAGGAGAACGAGGCCUGGGGCAACGGACAGGUCAGCGUGACCAAAGCAAUCACGGUCCUCGUGGGCAACCACACCAUACGUCUGGAGCAGAGUCAGCAGAAGGUCACGGUGGACGGCGUGGACCUCAAGCCGCCGGUGGAGCUGGACAAGGGCGAGAUCCGCAUCAACCAGCACGGCUCGGACGUGGUGAUCGAGACCGACUUCGGCCUGCGCGUGGUCUACGACCUCAUGUACUACGUGCGGGUCACUGUCCCGGGCAACUACUACCAGCAGAUGUGUGGCCUCUGUGGUGAUUACAACGGCAAGGCCGAGGACGACUUCCAGAAGCGCAACGGCUCACAGGCGGCCAACCCCAACGACUUCGGCAACUCCUGGGAGGAGGCCGUGCCGGGCUCGCCCUGCCUGCCGCCCCCUGAGUGCGACUCGGAUGCAGAUUGCAAGUGCACCCCCGAGCUGGAGGAGCAGUACAAGAAGGAGGAGUUCUGUGGGCUGCUCACCAGCUCCACGGGCCCGCUGUCCUCCUGCCACAAGCUGCUGGAUCCUCAGAACUCCUUGCAAGACUGUGUCUUCGACCUCUGCCUGGGCGGCGGGAACGAGAGCAUCUUGUGCGGCCACAUCCACGCCUACGUGAGCGCCUGCCAGGCAGCUGGAGGCCAGGUUCAGCCCUGGAGGAAUGAAAAGUUCUGUCCGAUGGAGUGCCCCCCUCACAGCCACUACGAGCUGUGCGCAGACACCUGCUCCCUGGGCUGCUCGGCUCUCAGCGGCUCCGUGCAGUGCCCGGAUGGCUGUGCUGAGGGCUGCCAGUGUGACCCUGACUUCUACUACAACGGUGAAGCCUGCGUGCCCAUCCAGCAGUGUGGCUGCUACCACAACGGUGUCUACUACGAGCCGGAGCAGACGGUACUGACUGACAACUGCCAGCAGCAGUGCGUGUGCCACUCAGGCACAGGCGUGACGUGUCAGGAACACAGCUGCAAGCCGGGGCAGGUGUGCGAGCCCUCGGGAGGCGUCCUGAGCUGCGUCUCCAAAGACCCAUGCCAGGGUGUCACGUGCCGGCCCCAGGAGACCUGCAAGGAGCAGGACGGCCAGGGUGUGUGUGUGCCCAACUACAACGCCACGUGCUGGCUGUGGGGCGACCCACACUACAACACCUUCGACGGCCGGGCCUUUGACUUCCAAGGCACCUGCAACUACAUUCUGGUGCAAGUUGGCUGCCCGGGGGUGGACGCCGAGGGCCUGACACCCUUUACCAUCACCACCAAGAAUGAGAACCGGGGCAACCCCACCGUGUCCUAUGUGAAGGAGGUCACCGUGUCUGUCCUGGGCACCAACAUCUCCAUCCACAAGGGCGAGACGGGCAAAGUCAGGGUGAACGGCGUGCUGACGACGCUGCCUGUCUCCGCGGCCGGCGGGCGGAUUUACGUGUCCCAUGGAGUGUGGAAGGCUGUGCUGGUGACAGACUUUGGGCUGCAGGUCACCUAUGACUGGGACAAUCGCGUGGAGGUGAUCCUGCCCAGCAGCUAUCACGGCGCCGUGUGCGGGCUCUGUGGAAACCUGGAUGGCGACCCCAACAAUGACCAAGUCUUUCCCAACGGCACAGCCGCUCCCUCCAUACCCGCCUGGGGUGGCAGCUGGCGGGCCCCAGGCUGGGACCCACUGUGCUGGGACGAGUGCCAGGGCUCCUGCCCGACGUGUUCUGAGGACCUGCUGGAGAAGUACCAGGGCCCUGGCUUCUGCGGCCCCCUGGUCCCCGGGACCGAGAGCCCCUUCGCCGACUGCCUCGCCCACGUGUCGCCCGACAGCUACUUCCAGGGCUGUGUCCUGGACGUGUGCCUGAGUGGUGGGGCUCAGGACAUACUUUGCCAGGCGCUGGCUAGCUAUGCGGCUGCCUGCCAGGCCGCUGGCGUCGCCAUCCAGGAAUGGAGGGAGCAGGCCGGCUGUGGGGUCUCCUGCCCUGAAAACAGCCACUACGAGCUCUGUGGCUCACCCUGCCCAGCCAGCUGCCCGGCUCCUGAGUCCACCAAGACCUCAGCCCUCUGUGAAGGUUCCUGCGUGGAGGGCUGCCAGUGCGACACGGGCUUCGUGUUGAGCGCUGGGCGCUGCGUGCCCCUGGAGGGCGGCUGCGGCUGCUGGGCCAACAGCACCUACUAUGAGACCGGCAGCGAGUUCUGGACGGACGCCACAUGCUCCCAGCGGUGCCGCUGUGGGGCUGAGGGCGGCUCGCUGGUCUGCACACCUGCCAGCUGCGCCAAGGGCGAGGCAUGUGCCCUGCUGUCCUCGGGCCAGUACGGCUGCCAACCAGUGAGCACUGCGGAGUGCCAGGCCUGGGGUGACCCCCAUUACGUCACCCUGGACGGGCACCGAUUCGACUUCCAAGGCACCUGCGAGUACCUGCUGAGUGCACCCUGCUCUGAGCCGCCGGCCGGGACUGAGAAUUUCACCGUCACCGUUGUCAACGAGCACCGGGGCAGCCAGGCUGUCAGCUACACCCGCAGUGUCACCCUGUAUAUCUACGACCACCGCCUGACCCUCAGCGCCCGCUGGCCUCGGCAGCUACAGGUGGACGGCGAGUUCGUGACGCUGCCCUUCCAGCUGGACUCGCGCCUGAACGCGUAUGUGAGCAGCGCCGACGUGGUGGUGACCACGGCCGCCGGGAUCUCGCUCAGUUUCGACGGGGACAGCUUCGUGCGCCUCCGCGUGCCGGCGGCCUACGCGGGCGCCCUCUGCGGCCUGUGCGGGGACUACAACGAGAACUCGGCCGACGACCUGGCAGCGGUGAACGGGAAGCCCGAGGGCUGGCAGGUGGGCGGUGAGCCGGGCUGCGAAAAGUGCGAGCCCGAGCCGUGCCCGGAGCCGUGCACGCCCGAGGAGCAGGAGCCCUUCGGCGGCCCCGACGCCUGCGGGGUGAUCAUGUCCCGCAAAGGCCCGCUGGGGCCCUGCCACUGCAUCGUGCCGCCGGAGCAGUACUUCCAGGCCUGCCUGCUGGACGCCUGCCAGGCCCAGGGCCAUCCGGGAGGCUUCUGCCCUGCGGUGGCCGCCUAUGUGGCUGCCUGUCAGGCCGCCGGGGCCGAGAUCGGCGAAUGGAGGCUGCCGGACUUCUGUUCCAUCCAGUGUCCAGCCAACAGCCACUACGAGCUCUGCGGCAACUCCUGCCCCGUGAGCUGCCCCAGCCUCUCGGCGCCCGAAGGCUGCGAGCCAACCUGCCGCGAAGGUUGCUACUGCGACGCCGGCUACGUGCUCAGCGGUGACACAUGCGUCCCCCUGGGCCAGUGCGGCUGCCUCCACGAGGGCCGCUACUACCCACUGGGCGCAGCCUUCUACCCAGGGCCCGAGUGCGAGAGACGCUGUGAGUGCGGCCCAGGGGGCCAAGUCAGCUGCAAGGAGGGUGCGGCCUGCGGGCCUUACGAGGAGUGCCGGCUGGAGGACGGCGUCCAGGCCUGUCACCCCAAAGGCUGCGGCCGCUGCCUGGCCGACGGAGGCAUCCACUACCUCACCCUGGACGGACGCGUCUACGACCUGCACGGCUCCUGCUCCUACAUCUUGGCCCAGGUCUGCGACCCACAGCCCGGGGAUGAGGACUUCACCAUCGUCCUGGAGAAGAACGCGGCUGGAGAACCGCAGCGCGUGCUGGUUACUGUGGCUGGCCAGGUCGUGGGCCUGGCCCGGGGACCGGAGGUCACCAUCGACGGCGAGGUGGUGGACCUGCCCGUGGCCGUGGGCCAUGUGCGGGUGACCUCCGAGGGCCGAAACCUGAUCCUGCAGACAACCGAGGGGCUGCGGCUUCUCUUUGACGGCGACGCCCACGUCCUCAUCUCCAUCCCCAGCCCCUUCCACGGUCGGCUCUGCGGCCUGUGCGGCAACUUCAACGGCAACUGGAGCGACGACUUCGAGCUACCCGACGGCUCGGUGGCCCCCAGCGUGGAGGACUUCGGGGCGGCGUGGCGGGCACCCGGCUCCCCCCAGGACUGCACCGAGGGCUGUGGGGCCCAAGGCUGCCCCGUGUGCCGGGCGGAGGAGACGGCACCCUACGAGAGCAGCGAGCUCUGUGGGCGGCUGCUCGACCCCAGCGGCGCCUGGGCCGCCUGCCACGAGGUGCUGAGUCCUUCCGAGUACUUCCGCCAGUGCGUGUACGACCUGUGCGCCCAGAAGGGCGACCAGGCCUUCCUCUGCCGCAGCCUGGCCGCCUACACAGCCGACUGUCAGGCGGCCGGCAUGGCCGUGAAGCCUUGGAGGACAGACAGCUUCUGCCCGCUGCAGUGCCCGGCUAAUAGCCACUACUCCGUCUGCACCUACUCCUGCCAGGGCUCCUGCACAGCGCUCUCUGGCCUCACGGGCUGCACCAGCCACUGCUUCGAGGGCUGUGAGUGUGACGACCGCUUCCUGCUCGCCCAGGGCGUCUGCGUCCCCUCCCAGGAGUGUGGCUGCACCUACAAUGGCCGGUACUUGCCUGUGAACUCCUCCCUCCUGUCCUCAGACUGCAACGAGCGCUGCUACUGCUCCCCAGACGCGGACCUGCAGUGCUAUGAGGCCAGCUGCAAGGCGGGCAGCGUCUGCGAGGUCCAGAACGGGGUUCGGGUCUGCCAGGCCUCCGGCGCCCAGUGUACCCUCUCCGCAGGCUCCAACCUCACCACCUUUGAUGGGGCCCUCAGUGCCUUCAACUCCUCUGGUGUCUAUGAGCUCUCCUUCCGCUGCCCAGGACUACAGACCCCCUGGUAUCGUGUGGUGGCAGCCAUCCAGCCCUGCGCUGGCACAGCUGAGACGGUGGGCCAGCUCCACGUCUUCUUCGAGGACGGGAUAGUCACCGUGACCCGAGACGGGGGAGUGUGGGUGAAUGGUCGCCAGGUGGACCUCCCAGCUGAAGUGUUGACAUCGGUGUCCGUGACGCGCAACAGCGACAACUCCAUACUUGUCCACCAAAAGGAUGGGCUUUGGGUGUGGCUGGGCGCCGAUGGGCAGCUGACCGUGACGGUGGACAGUGGCCGCGCUGGCCAGCUGUGUGGGGCCUGCGGAAACUUUGACGGAGACCCGACCAACGACAAGUCGGUCACGGAGAGCUGGACGGCACCGGAUCUUUCCCCAUGUGAGGACUGAUCGGUCACCCAGCAGGAAUGAAGCCCUCAGGACCUGACCCGCUCCUGGGCGUUGCAAUGCUUGAAGGAUGCACUGCUGCGCCCCUCCGCAGAGCCCCUGAGGCUGAAUGUGAAAUCCCUAAUAAAUAUCUUA